UUCUCUGACCUCAGUGUUUCGGGGUAUUUUUUUCUGGGAGAGACAGCGGCUGGCGGCGCCAUAUUGAAAGCAGAGAUUCGCUUCAUAAAACGCAGAAAACGUCGAAGUCGCCGCGAUGUUGUACCUGGAGGAUUAUCUGGAGAUGAUCGAGCAGCUUCCCAUGGACCUCCGCGACAGGUUCACGGAAAUGCGGGAGAUGGACCUGCAGGUGCAGAACGCCACCGAUCAGCUGGAGCAGAAGGUCAUCGAGUUCUUCGUCAACGCGAAGAAGAACAAACCGGAGUGGAGAGAAGAGCAGAUGGAGGUUAUUAAAAAGGAUUAUUACAAAGCUCUGGAAGACGCAGACGAGAAGGUGCAGCUGGCCAAUCAGAUCUAUGAUCUGGUGGAUCGUCACCUGCGUAAACUGGACCAGGAACUGGCCAAGUUUAAGAUGGAGCUGGAGGCCGACAACGCCGGCAUCACGGAGAUCCUGGAGAGACGGUCUUUAGAGAUGGACAGUCCGUCUCAGCCAAUCAACAACCAUCACGUCCACUCACACACCACCGCUGAGAAGAGGAAGUACAGCGCUCCGACGCACCACACCACCGAACACGUUCCAGAGAAGAAGUUCAAGUCUGAAGCUCUGCUGUCAACGCUCACCUCAGACGCCUCCAAGGAGAACACGCCAGGUAGUUGCCGUACCAACAGCACGUCGUCCUCCAACAACAACGUGUACAGUGUGAACUCCUCUCAGCCGCUGGCGUCCUACAACCUGAGCUCGCUGCCGGCGGGGCCCGGGGCCGGCGCCGGGGCCAUCACCAUGGCUGCCGCUCAGGCCGUUCAGGCCACCGCUCAGAUGAAGGAGGGCCGCAGGACGUCCAGUCUGAAGGCGAGCUACGAGGCCAUCAAGAACAACGACUUCCAGCUGAGCAGAGAGUUCUCUCUGUCCCGGGACACCAGCGGGUACUCCUCCUCCGCUCUGGCCUCCACCCUCACCCAGACCCUCACCCCCAACACCGCCUCCGACUCCCGGGGACGCAAGUCCAAAAGCAGCAUCAAGUCUUCCAACCACCAGUCGUCUUCAUCCUCCUCCUCCUCCUCGCUGUCGUCGUGCUCUUCGUCGUCGGCGCUGGCUCAGGAGCUUUCCCAGCAGGCGUCGGCGCUGCCCGAGGCGGAGGCCAACAGCCAGGUGGACUGGACCUACGACCCCAACGAGCCGCGAUACUGCAUCUGCAACCAGGUUUCUUACGGCGAGAUGGUCGGCUGUGACAACACAGACUGUCCGAUCGAGUGGUUCCACUACGGCUGUGUGGGUCUGACGGAGGCUCCGAAGGGGAAGUGGUACUGUCCUCAGUGUACGGCGGCCAUGAAGAGGAGAGGCAGCCGCCACAAAUAGAAACUCUUCACGUGUUCGCCGCCGUGCGUCUGCAGCUCGUCCUGACGUCACGUCGCUGCAGCCGACCGUCGACCUGCAGCCGCCGCUCAGAAGACGGAUCGAACGUUUUUGUGCCAACAGAAACCAUCUUCGGAUUAAAGCCACACGAAGAAAAAUCAUCUCGGAGUUCUGAGAUUAAAGUCUGAACGUAAAAACUUUCUGUCGUUAUUAUGAUGUUGAAAUUCAUCCCGACGUUUCUCAAAGCAACAAACAACCGUUUAAAGCCCGAAAAACUACAAGAAUUCUGUUUUUUCCUCUUUAUUAACUUUAAUAAUCGGCUUCAUCACAUUUGUUUUUAUUUUUCUGUUUUAAAGUCGGAGAAACUACAAGAAUUCUGUGUUUGUUUGUUUGUUUUUUAACCGUCUCAGAACUCCGGCUUUAAUGAUCCUGACGUUUGUUUUUAUCGACAGAAUUCAGACUUUCUUCUCAGACUUUUUUUCUAAUCGUCGUCCUGUUACAUACUCGACCUUUUUAAAGCUGGAGAAACUACAAGAGUUCAGUUAUUUUCUUUCUCAUAACGUCAUGAAAACCUGUGAAAACGUCACAAAAACACUAAAACUGAAACCAGGAGGAUGAAAAUAACAACAACGGGACGUUUUUGUGGAAGACUUGACGUCGUCCUUUAAAAUAAACCUUUUGUGCUGGAUGACGGAGUGAAACCUGCCGACCUGAUGCUGUUAAUCAGGAGUUUAAUCCUAAAAUAAAAUAAUCUGCAGACUGAAACGUUUCGUGUGUCCAGUUGAGGAACAAAAGGACCUUUUAUCAUAUUUUUCUGUGAAUCUGUGAUCAAACUAAACCAGAACUUCUGUCCAGUGUUCAAUAAAAAAAAAACAUUAAAAAAGAAACAGAGAGAUAGUUUUAAUUCUGGCUGAUAUGUCGGUCAGAGGUCAGAGGUCAGAGGUCCUUCUUUUCAGUCAUAUAUAUUAAUUCAUCUUUGAUCAAGUUUUGUCUUUAUUUACAGAAAUUAGACGUUUCAAAAUUGUCAGAAUUCACUUUUUUUCAGAUUUCCUCGUUUCUGUUUGUGAGAUAAUCGAUAGAAUAACAGAAUAGAAUCAUCUUCGUGUCUAAAACACAUUUUUUCUCCCCUAAAGUUUCUGACUUUGACAUAUUUUGAUCAAAAAUCAGACUUGAUGUAAGAAUCCUGACUUUAUUUGAUCAAAUCAAACGUUGUAACAACAGAAGUAGAAAAAGACUUUAAACCUCAAGAUGACGUCUGAUAAUCCCGACGUUUUUAUUACGUUUUGUCUUUAUUAACAGAUUUCAGACGUUAUUUCCUCUCAUGAGUCUGACUCGAAGAAUCUCGACUUUAUUUCAUCAGAUUUUGUUUUGAAGUCAAACUUUCUCUCAGAAUUCUGACUUGAAGAGAGAAUCUGGUGUUUGUUUGAGAUUUGAUGAGUCUGACUUGAUUUUACGUGUAAACUGUCAGAAACUUUUUUCCACCGUCUCCUGUGACGAGGUUUUUCUUCGUCUUUAAUGUCCAAAUUAAGUUUUUAAACUCAGAAAUCUGACUUUUUUUUUUUUCUUGAAGUUUUGUGUUUUAAUCUGAGAAUAUUUUAACUCAGUGUUUUGACCAAUAAUCUGAGAUGGAUCUGAGUUUCCUGACAAGAAGACGCUGCUGGACUGAUUCUCCUCCUCGUGUGAUUUAUUGAGACGUUUGAACCUGAUGAGUCGAUGUUACAGUUAAACCUGGAAAUGAUUCAGAAUGUACAGAAUCUGAACAAAGUCACAGCUGAAGCCUGACUGUUUGUUUCAGUCUGAAUAAAAAGAUGUUUUGGUA